GUAGUGAAGGUGGCUAGAGCACCCGGCUUUUUCUCUGGUUUUAUAUGAAUAUAGGCUAUAUAUAGAUAGAUUGUUUCCUUGAUUAUCGGCAACUUAACACAAACGCGGUUUUAUUUUCCGUGUUAUUAUGAGGCGCAGGAGCCAUUUCAAUUUGAGAAUUCCGAAUUCUUAGCCAGGUCGUUUGAGCAUUAUACCGGCAAAACUAUACUUAUUUAGCAUCUAUUGAUUAGAACUUAAAUUUUUGGCGUCUAAACUUCCUCUAUUUAAGGACAGUUUGUUAGUCCAGCACAGCUUCACAAUGGGCUCUGAUCUUGAUUUUCAAGCUUUUUUCAGCAGGCAGAUUAGUACAUGAAUUGUGGUUCAGAUACAGACAGUAGUCAAAACAAAUGGAAGGCGCCUGGUGGCAGUUGCUUCUGCUACUGAGCGCCUUUUCACUUGCACAUUUGGUGGAGUGCAAGGUCACUUACGAUCACAAGGCUCUGGUUAUCAAUGGGCAGCGUAGGAUAUUGGUUUCCGGAGAGAUUCACUAUCCAAGGAGUACUCCUGAGAUGUGGCCAAAGCUGAUCAGAAAUGCUAGAAAAGGAGGAUUGGACGUUAUACAGACUUAUGUAUUUUGGAAUGGACACGAACCAUCCCCAGGCAAUUACAAUUUCGAGGGAAGAUUUGAUCUAGUUAAGUUUGUAAAGCUUGUCCAGCAAGAAGGAUUAUAUGUUAGCCUGCGCAUUGGUCCUUAUGUUUCCGCCGAAUGGAAUUUUGGGGGCCUUCCAGUUUGGUUAAAGUUUGUCCCUGGCAUCAGAUUUAGAACAGAUAACGAGCCUUUCAAGAAUGCAAUGCAAAAGUUUACCAAGAAGGUUGUAGACCAAAUGAAAAGUGAAGGGCUCUUUGAACCGCAAGGUGGACCUAUAAUUAUGGCCCAGAUAGAGAAUGAAUAUAAGGGCACACAAACAGUUUAUGGACAUCCUGGAAUCGCCUAUAUGAAUUGGGCUGCACAAAUGGCUGUAGCAUUGGAUACAGGCGUUCCCUGGAUUAUGUGCAAACAAGAUGAUGCGCCAGAUCCUAUUAUCAACACUUGCAAUGGUUUCUAUUGUGACAAAUUUGUACCUAACAAACCCUACAAGCCAGCAUUCUGGACAGAGGCCUGGAGUGGCUGGUUUACUGAAUACGGGGGUGCUACUACUCAAAGACCAGUUGAAGAUCUGGCCUUUGCAGUUGCUAACUUUCUCCAGGAAGGAGGGUCCUUUGUAAAUUACUAUAUGUAUCAUGGUGGCACAAAUUUUGGCCGUACUGCAGGAGGGCCUUUUAUCACAACGAGCUAUGAUUAUGAUGCACCUAUAGAUGAAUAUGGGCUUAUUAGGAAGCCAAAGUGGGGACACCUGAAGGCUUUACAUAAGGCUAUAAAGCUCUGUGAACCUGCUUUAGUUAGUGGUGAUCCUGUUGUUAAUUCUUUAGGAAAUAACCAGAAGUCUUAUGUAUAUUCUGCAGGGGCUGGAAAGUGUGCUGCAUUCCUUGAAAACUUUGAUGCAAAUUCUGAUGCAACAGUCAUAUUUAACAAUAAAAAUUAUUACAUACCUGCUUGGUCUAUCAGUAUUCUCCCUGAUUGUAGGAGUGUGGUGUUCAAUACUGCAAAGGUUAGCGUACAAAGAUCUCAGAUGAAUAUGACACCUGUUGGGAGAUUAGUUUGGGAAUCUUUUAAAGAAAAUGUUGCCACAUACGAAGAUGGCUCCAUCACUGAUAUGGGUUUGCUAGAGCAGAUAAAUACUACAAGGGGCAAUACUGAUUAUUUGUGGUACAUUACAAGAGUGGAAGUUGGUGAUGAUGAGCCACUCAUUAAAAAUGGAGGCAUAUCAAAUCUUUCGAUACAAUCAGCAGGACAUGCCUUUCAUAUUUUUGUAAAUGGCGAAUAUUUAGGGACUCAGUAUGGAAAGAGGGAAAGCCCGAGGUUGAGGUAUUCAUCUGAUGUGAGACUAAGAGUUGGGACAAACACAAUUGCUCUCUUGAGCAUGACAGUUGGUCUACAGUAUAUUGGGCCCAAUUUUGAAUCUCGGAUUGCAGGAAUCAUUGGUCCGGUCACACUAAGUGGUUUUAAAGAAGGAACACGUAGCUUAUCCAGGCAAAAGUGGUCAUACCAGCUUGGCUUCAAAGGCCAAUCAAAGGAUCUACAUAUGACAUCUGGGCAAUCCUCUGUUCAGUGGGUGAAAGGAGCGGCUGUUCCUCAGAGACAGCCACUAACAUGGUACAAGGCUGUAUUUGAUGCACCAGAUGGUCAAGAACCAGUGGGAUUGGAUUUGAGCAUGAUGGGGAAAGGUGAAGCUUGGAUAAAUGGACAGAGCAUUGGACGAUAUUGGCAUUCAUUUCUUAUGCAUGGUAACUGCUCAAAUGGAUGCAAUUAUCGAGGACAAUUUCGUCCAACUAAAUGUACCACAGAUUGUAGCCAUUUUUCUCAGCAGUGGUAUCAUAUUCCUCGAUCCUGGCUGCAACCAAGGGAAAAUCUUUUGGUACUUUUAGAGGAAAUAGGAGGCGACGUGUCAACAGUUUCUAUUGGAACAAGAGCUAUAGACACUGUUUGUGUUCAUGUGUCUGAAUCACAUCCUCAAAGGAACAACAAAGGGAGGCAAUUACAGAUACCCAAAGUGCGUCUAAAGUGUGGUACGGGACAAAAGAUAUCUGCCAUCAAGUUUGCAAGUUAUGGAACUCCAUCUGGAGAAUGUGGAAGCUUCCAGAAAGGAGUUUGUCAUGCUCGAACGUCAUUUGCAGUUGUAAACAAGAAAUGCGUGGGACUGCGAACUUGCUCCUUACCUGUAUCUAGUGAGCUCUUUGGAGGAGAUCCAUGCCCUCAAGUGCAGAAGAGUAUUGCAAUUCAGGCCGUUUGCAGUUAAUCACGCUUCCAAAAGUAGAAUAUGGUUCCAAGGAUUGUAUCGUUCUUAAAGUUCUUAAAGGAAAAUCUUAAACACAUAAGCUCGUUGAUGAGGCAGUGGAAAGGUCUAUGCAGAUACAAGCUUGGAAGAUUAUAUUUUAAUUAAAACAAGUUGAUAAAUUCUUCUUCCAAUGAUUAAUUAAAACAAGUUGAUAAAUUCAUCUUCCAAUGUUGAAAGUGUCAAAUUAAUGAGUAAAGCACCCAAUUGUUUCUUAAUAAAUUAUAAUGUAGUGUAGAAUGUUAAAUUUGUGAUGAUGAAGAAUUAUUAUUAUUUUUAAUAUUGUUUUGUAGAAAUCAUGAAAUGUAUUAUUUGAUUAUG